AUGCGAACAAUUCAUUCAAUGACACUUUUUUUAAAUGAACGACUUGCUGCACUUAUCCAUGCCGUGGAAGCGCACUUUAUCCAUACAUCAAUUGAAAAUAUAAUGAAAAAUAAUCUUAACUUAGAUUUUAUUCAUCACAAAGAUUUACCUCGCGUAGUAGAACUUAUUGUUGAAGCAACGAAUAUUACGUUUGAUGAUUCAAACAGUGCCAUACCCAUUAUUGCAUUAAUUUCCAAGUUACUCGUACAACAAAGAAUCGACUUUAUCCCAGGGGGUUCAAUCCGAAAAACAGAAAAUGGAAAUACAAUUGGAAAACUGGUCUUUACUUCCUUCUUUGCAGCUUCUGAUCCAAAUCAACCAACAUUUUUAAUUUAUGAACUCGUGUCUAUUCCAUUUCAACACGGAUCCACUCGCGUUAGAUUAGC